GUUACGCCGGGGGAACACGAAACCUUUGGGUUACCGUGGCAUUCGAUCGGAUCGAGAGGAAUCGGAGACGCACCGGCAUCUCGCUGCGCUCCACAUUCUCCUUUUCACAGAGACGACUAUUACUCUCCCUUGCCUUUGCGUGGAAUCGGUAGACCUCAGCCAUAGAACAAGUAGAAGCUGCACAGAGGACCUUUCCAUUACUUCAUACCUUAUAUGUAUAUAUGUGUUCUCGCCGAGCGCCUCGCUGAAUCUUUCCUUCCACUUUCCCUCCUCGUAAGCUAUCGGCGCGAUAGAUUCUUCCUCUUCUGUUUUCUUUUGUAUAUCAUCUUUCUCUUUCUUGUAUCACCUGCGCACACGCACGAUGCCGACGCACGAUUUCAUGAUCGACUUGGUGCUCGUGCGCGGGCCCGCGUCGUUAGAUCGCCGACUGCACGUUCGGCUGCCGCGCAACGGCACCCCCAUCACCGUAGGACGGGCCACGCACUGCACCACGCUGCUGGACCCUUCGCUGCUCUUCUCAUCGCAGGUGCAGUGCAGUCUCUUUGCGAUGCCAGUGAAGACGGCGUCCACCCCCGCCGUGCCGCCGCCGGUUGUUUCUUCCAACGCGGAUGCGACGCCGGACAACGCCGCUGGUGCUGCGGCGGUUGACCUGCCCAGUGACGUCCGCACCCCUGCCCACCAGGCCACGCACACACCCGAUCGGCAAGAUGGCCGCCGUGGCGACGCGGCGCUUCGGGUGUACAUCACAGACAUGUGCAGCUCCAACGGCACCUUUGUGAAUGGCCUGCGCAUCAGCGGCACCGACCCGACGGAGCUACAACACGGCGACGUGUGCGUCUUCGGCGGAAUGCGAGAUGUGGAGGUGGGCGAGGCGCUGCCGGCGGACGCCUACGCAGGACCUGAGCUCGUGCUUUGGCGGGUGGACAUGGGGCUGCAAACGGAAGUCACCACCCACGACUUCGACUUCACCGCGACGCCGCUGGUGCUGCCGGCGACGGACGUGCUAGCGGCGGAGGUGCGUGCACUGAUGAGCACGGCGCAGCGAUCCCUGCGAGGGCCGCAGGGGCCGUCGGCCGAGACGGGGUUCUCUGCGACCCCCGCGGCACAGAGGCCGCUCCGUUCGACGGCGACCGCACACGCCGCCACUGAUGAUGCCGCCGGGUGUGUUGGCGACGGAGACGGAAAAGGCGGGCACGAAGACUCCCCGUACAGUGUCCCGCAGCGGCUCUUCACCUCCCCCGCUCUUCGUGUUGUGGCAGACGGAGAGGAGAAGGCGGAGGAGGAGCUCGCCGCGGUGGCGGCAGCGAGAAGAACGAUUGAAGGCAGCGGUGAAGUGAAGGACGGCGCAGAUCGACGGAGCGUGUCGCUCGUCGCCAUCACGCAGGAGGCCGAUGAUGACACACCGCCUCCAGCUCACCCGCCAGCUGCUUUGCAUUACCGUGCGGUGCGUGUGGGCAACGUCACCUUCACGGCGGCGGCCACCACGGACGUCGUCGACGCCGUAAGGGAGGACCGGGGCGCGAAGCUGCCCCGCACCGAAGCGGACGCCGACGUUGCAACAAGGGCGUGCACGUCUGCCACGACGCCGACGGAGCCGCCUCCUCUUCUGACGUGCACUGCUGUGCAUUUGAAGUGGACGAUGCCGAACCCCAACGAUCUUCUGGCGCUGCAGCAAGGCAAGAGAGGUAGCAGCAACGAUGCCGCAGCAGUCAACCCGGACAUGGUCCAACCGCCGCAAAAGAAGCCAUUUUACGGCAUGUUGGCUGUCACGUCGCUGUCGACCGUGCUGGCCUGCGUCGCGCGUCGCGGCAUCGCAGUGGAGUUGAAAGACGGCUGCCAGCUUCCCCUGGUGGACGAGGCGGUGCUGAACGGGUCGGCGGAGAGUCGGUGGGUGGUCUGGAUGCUAGCCCCCGACAUGAAGGCGGCUGCGGGGGGUGUCGUCGACGCUGCGCACGGCAGCGCCGUAGCACUCAGCGGCAGCGGACACGGCACCACCGACCAUCACGGCGGGCCGGCGACGAGGAAAGGCGUCGUUCGCGGAGGACGUAGGGCGACGGCAGAGCCAACGCAGGCUACGCAGACGCAAGAGGACGCAGCGGCAGCGUCGCAAACACCAGAGGAGCGCUUUGAGGCGUGGGUGCAGCACUUCCAGCAGUUUUAUCGAGAGCGGGGACUUCCACCGCCGCACUUGGUGGAUGCCGCGACCUUUGAUCUGAUCUUCGCUCCGCCGCUAUCGCCUUGGUGA